AUGAGCCAUGGCAGCCAUCAAACAGGUGCCAGCACAUCUACAUUGGAGCAGGGUACGAUCUCGUCUGUCCCGGUAGAUCUCUUGCCCAUGUCCGCCGUGCCCAGUGCCGAUCUGGAUGGCUGCAGCACCGAAAAGCACCUUUCCCGGUCGGAGGACAUUGCAAAUGACCCAUUGAUCCACUCCUACUACAAGAACUUCCACGUAUGCCAUCCAUUUGUCCCACCACGAUAUCAUCUUGUGGAACUAUGUCAAGAUCCUCGCAUAGAGCAUGCUCUUACUCCCUUGAUUGCCGCUAUGCGUUUCAUGGGAAAUAUCUACAGUGCGCGAGAAUGGUCGGUCCCGCUCAAAGACACGAUCGAAACCGCUCUUGCCCACUUAUCGCCGUCUGAUCCGAUCCAGGUUCAGUGUCGGAUCUUGUACUCCGUAGCCUUGUUCUGGUAUGACUACAAAGUGGAUGCGCUGUCGCAAUUGGACCAGGCGGCUCAGAUCGCCAUUGCUUUGCAAAUGUUCAAGGGAGAAUUCGCAGCGUCCCAGGAACCGGUCGAUCUGGUCUUGAGGGAAUCGUGGAGACGAACCUGGGUCAUGGACCUUGAUGCGACCGUUGAACUGCCCUGCGACGAGUCCGAUUAUGAGUUGGGGAUCAUUCCCCAACCUAGAACCCUUGAAGAAUUCAAUCAGCGCGAGUUUAUUUCCGAUAAUGUCCACUUCUCCUCCUUCGCACACCUCAUUGGUGCCGUGCAGUGCGCCGCGUCCGCCAUAUCUGUAACCCCCAAAGUGGCAACCGUGGAAGACUCCAUGCAUCUGAUCCAAGCGGUCGAUUGCGGCUUGGAUGGAUGGCGACUACUAUUACCGCCAGAGCAGAAAAACGUCAUCAAGGCGAAUGGUGACAUUGAUGAGCUCUUGUUCCAAGCACAUCUGCUUAUCCAUGUAUCCACCGUUGGCCUCCAUCGUCCAUUGUCGGCCCUCAAUUUCAAUGCCAUCGAGAAUGUAUCGAGCUGUGCCCGCAAGCCUCCCCGGGACACCCCCACGCCGGAUUUAGUAAACGUCCAUACCCUCCGGGUCUUGCGGGCGGUCGAGGCACAGGUCCGUCUUCUGGCUUUACCCGCCCCAAGAUUCCACCACACCCCUUUUACCACGUGCAUGGUCAGCGAGGGGAUACUGGCCCUGCUCUCCGCUUGCCGUAUUUUCCUCAAGGGGAAAGACCUCGCCAUUGCAAGAGAUCAGAUCCGGAUGGCGCUCGGCUCUCUUAAGGUGCUUGGGGAAGUCUGGCCGAGGACAGUGAGAAAUGUGGGCGAGAUCCAGACAAUUGCUCGGUGUGUCCUGGGACUGGGACAAGGUCCCAAUGAUCAGGCUAUGCUGGGACGCAGUGAUCCGUCGUCUUUUGAUGCGCACGGGGUGGAUCCAAAUUUAGCCACUGACAGUUUAUCGGAACGCGACAAAAGCCCGGCUGCUUCCGUCUUCUCUAUUGAUGAUCUAUGCGGCUGGUACAACACUGCAGUUGCAAAUGAUUUCCCAUGGGGGCUAGGUGCAGGCUUAUGA